GCAGCGCCCCGGCCACUCUCGCGGCGGGAAGGAGCCGCCCGCUCCUGAGACAUAAAAGAGAAUUCAUAAAACGGAAGAAUUUUCGAAGAGGGUGAUAAAAAGAGAAGAAAAAUGCCGAAACCAAUCAAUGUAAGAGUAACAACGAUGGAUGCUGAGCUGGAAUUUGCCAUUCAGCCCAACACAACUGGCAAACAGCUUUUUGACCAGGUGGUGAAAACAGUUGGUUUGCGUGAAGUCUGGUUUUUUGGGCUGCAGUACAUGGACAGCAAGGGCUAUUCUACAUGGCUUAAACUAAAUAAAAAGGUGACACAGCAAGAUGUUAAAAAAGAGAAUCCUUUGCAAUUCAAAUUUAGAGCUAAAUUCUUUCCUGAAGAUGUUUCUGAGGAAUUAAUUCAAGAAAUAACCCAGAGACUUUUCUUCUUGCAAGUUAAAGAAGCUAUAUUAAAUGAUGAGAUAUAUUGUCCACCAGAAACUGCAGUUCUUUUGGCUUCUUAUGCUGUCCAAGCCAAGUAUGGAGAUUAUAAUAAAGAGAUUCAUAAACCAGGCUACCUGACUAAUGACAGACUCCUCCCCCAGCGUGUUUUGGAGCAACACAAACUGACAAAAGAACAGUGGGAAGAAAGAAUACAGAAUUGGCAUGAAGAACAUAGAGGAAUGCUAAGGGAGGAUUCUAUGAUGGAGUACUUGAAGAUUGCACAGGAUCUAGAAAUGUAUGGAGUCAACUAUUUUGAAAUAAAAAAUAAGAAAGGAACUGAAUUGUGGCUAGGUGUUGAUGCUUUGGGUCUGAAUAUUUAUGAACAUGAUGACAAGUUAACACCUAAAAUUGGUUUUCCCUGGAGUGAAAUCAGAAAUAUUUCAUUUAAUGACAAAAAAUUUGUUAUAAAGCCAAUUGACAAAAAGGCACCUGAUUUUGUUUUUUAUGCACCUCGUUUAAGAAUCAAUAAGCGGAUUUUGGCCUUAUGCAUGGGAAACCAUGAACUGUACAUGCGAAGAAGGAAGCCUGACACUAUUGAAGUACAGCAGAUGAAGGCCCAGGCUAGAGAAGAGAAACAUCAGAAGCAGUUGGAAAGGGCUCAAUUAGAGAAUGAAAAGAAGAAAAGAGAAAUAGCAGAAAAGGAAAAGGAAAGAAUAGAACGUGAAAAGGAAGAGCUAAUGGAACGUCUGAGACAAAUUGAAGAACAGACAAUGAAAGCCCAGAAAGAAUUGGAAGAACAGACUCGAAAAGCUCUAGAAUUGGACCAGGAACGAAAACGAGCAAAAGAAGAAGCAGAAAGGCUUGAAAAGGAGCGUCGAGCUGCUGAAGAGGCCAAGUCUGCUCUAGCGAAACAGGCUGCCGACCAGAUGAAGAAUCAGGAGCAGCUGGCAGCAGAACUUGCUGAAUUCACUGCCAAGAUUGCACUUCUCGAGGAAGCCAAGAAGAAAAAGGAAGAGGAAGCUACUGAGUGGCAACACAAAGCUUUUGCAGCCCAGGAAGACUUGGAAAAGACCAAAGAAGAGUUAAAGACUGUGAUGUCUGCCCCGCCUCCGCCUCCACCACCACCAGUCAUUCCUCCGACCGAAAAUGAACAUGACGAGCAUGAUGAGAAUAACGCCGAGGCUAGCGCUGAAUUAUCAAAUGAUGGGGUAAUGAACCAUAGAAGUGAGGAGGAACGUGUGACAGAAACACAGAAAAAUGAACGUGUUAAAAAGCAACUUCAGGCGUUAAGUUCAGAAUUAGCCCAAGCCAGAGAUGAAACCAAGAAAACACAAAAUGAUGUUCUUCAUGCUGAGAAUGUUAAAGCAGGCCGUGAUAAGUACAAGACUCUGCGACAGAUUCGGCAAGGCAAUACAAAGCAACGUAUUGAUGAGUUUGAAGCAAUGUGGGGACCCAAACUGUAUGCAUUGUUCCAGAUGCGUUCUUGCCAAAGCAGUAUAAAGCAAAUGUAACAGUUAGGAAGAAGGCUCUCUCACUGGGUCCCUGGCAUCUGACACAUGGCGAGCUUUAGGAUAAGGUCAUACCAAGACAUGCCUGAUGAUUUGAACGUCUCUCUCCCCCAAAGUCCAGAAUCUCAGCUGGAGCCCGAGGGACAAAUGUUCCCCCAGUCAGGGCUCUUGUUGAUGGUUCUUCCCACACCUCAGUCGACUGUUGGCUUCCCUUUUCUUGCUGUUCUGUCUCUCUCCCCACCCUUCUCGAUUGUCUUUCCUAAGGACAGAGCUUAGAGAGCUGGGCCAGGACGGGGGAGCUCUGCACUGCACCCGAAAGUCCUAAGCCAGCAUCUUGUCUUCAAGGCUCCAUCUUCACAACAGAUGCCUGAAGGCAUAGGCUUCUGAGAACCCACUUUUUUCUGCAUGACUAGCUUGUAAGGAGGGAUAAACUGAGAGGAUUUCCGAGAACUUUCCAUUAAAAAAAAAUGUAUGUGACAUUUUUGGCUUUGAA